AUGUUCCAUAAGAGGACAUUGUUCUUCCCUAAGCAUGUGUCUAUUGAGCGGGCACGAGUGAGCCGGUAUUUGAGCAUCUUGAGGAGAGAUAUUCAGGAGUUUGUGGCAAAAUCAUCAUAUCGGACAUUGGCUGAGUUGCAGACAAAUUCCAGGAGGAGAGAGAUUGAGCUGGAGAUUCAGACUAGAGAGGAACGUGAGCAUCAUGGGAAAGAAAGAAGACCAAUUCAGUCGCAGUCGGCGACGAAGCGGGCUAAGCCCGCUGAUUCAAGAGCAGGAGGCUACAAGGGCCGCACUUGUGGCAAGUGCGGCAAGAGCCAUGAGGAAUUUUGCCGAUCAUGGAUUUGCUACAAAUGUGGCAAGGAGGGGUACAUGGUGAGGGACUGUCCCAAGGGAUUUUUGGUUUUCUUUCAUUGCAACCAGACUGGCCACCGGAAUACCGAGUGUCCUCAGCUCACUCAGGGACCAGCCCAUGCUUCUUCUCCUGCUGCUUUACACGUUACUGAUGGUCGGCCGGGGAAGGCCGAGACUUCGAGAGCUCGUGGGAGAUCAUUCCAACAGACUGCGGAGAAGGUCCUCGCAGCGCCUGAUGUCGUUGUUGGUACUUUUCUUGUGAGUUAUGUGCCUACCUUGGUGUUAUUAGAAUCGGGUGCGAGUCGAUCUUUCAUAUCCUUAACCUUUAGUCGUCACAUUAGUGUUAGACGCAAGGCGUUGAGUCGACCGUUGAGGGUUUCUAUAGCCGAUGAGCAUGCGGUUUUUUCCAUUGAUGUAUUUUGGGGAUGUGUAUUAGUGAUUUUCGGUGUUGAGUUAGUGAUAGACUGGUGUCUAUAG